UGUAAAAUUGACAGCUUGCAGCCAACUUCACACAGGUACAGCAUAAAGAUGUCUUGCUAAAAAGUUUCUGGGGGAAGUGAAAUUGUUCGGGAAGAAAAUUGCAGUUUUGUACAUAUUUGAUGGGCAAUUUAGGUUGUAGAAUCCAUGGAAAUUCACCUGUAGUGUACAGUGCAUCGCGUAACGGCGUAAGUGAGCCCGAUAAUUGCAUCAAUUACACCAAAAGAUCAACUUCUCUCACGCAGAACGGACUCUACAAGUUCUGCUCUUCCCCCUCUUUGGCGUUCCGGAAUCGUCUUAGUUCGAGAUCCUGCAACAAUAUUUUGUCAACAUUUCCACGAAGUGACUCCACAAAGUCCCACACACAAGACCUAAUACUGUCCAAGAGUUCCUGGCCAAUUGCACAGCGGGAACAUCUCUUUCUGCCCCAUUUCAAGAUUCAUCGUGGUCCUGAGGAUCAGAAGUACAUCACAUCGCGCUACCUGGCUUCUGGGGGCUACGGCAAGGUUUACAGUGUUGUGGAGAAGGAUACGUGCAAGGAGUACGCACUAAAAGUUCUCAGCAAGUCCCAAAUUAUCAAGGAUAACGAGCUAAAGCAACUACGGGACGAGGUGGACAUUCAAUCGCGCUGCGGGCAUCAUCCCUUUAUUGUUGAGUGUCUCUCCUACUGGCAGAAUCGCAAGAAUAUCUACAUCCUUUGUGAAUUUGUACCACGUGGUGAAUUAUUUGAUGCUGUGACAACAUUCUGCUACAACUUGGUACAGAUUUAUGUUGCAGAAAUUGCUUUAGCUCUCGAUUUUCUCCACAAUGCCGGUGUUAUCUAUCGCGAUCUCAAGCCUGACAACAUUCUAGUUGAUGCGGAUUAUCAUAUCAAAUUGACGGACUUUGGUUUGAGUGCGUGGCUGAAGAUUGGUGAAAGGACACGCACCAUGUGUGGCACAGCAAAGUACAUGGCACCUGAAAUUCUCUGCGCACAACCCUAUGGGCAUUCUGUUGAUUGGUGGUCCCUUGGAGUCGUUGCUUGCCUCAUGCUAACUGAUAAGUACCCAAUUGUUCAGAGAGGAAACACCCCACUGUCUGCAGGGAAUGGAGUGUGCCAUAUACCAGGAUGUGGUGGGAAGAAAUUCCCAAUGGAUGUGCCAUUAAAUGGGGAGGGAGUGGAGGAAGAGGAAAUGACGGUGAAUUUGCCAAAAGAAGCUGAGAAUAUUCCUGUUGCUGCCAAGGAUCUUCUGCAGCGAUUACUCGUUGUGAAUCCCCAAAAGAGGAUACGUUCGGUGCUGAGCUUAGAGCGCAUUGCCAUGUACAUGGCGUUCUCAUUUGAAGACUGCAAGUUGAAGAAAAUGAAGCCCAGCAAUUUUAUCUACAAACACCGUGAGUCAUUCCAUUGAGACGAAGUUGGAGUUCUUAACUAACUUCCCACAAGUCGCAGUAUUUUUUUUUCUUUUUUAGUUUGUUCUUGUUAAUCAGUUGGUGUGAAUUAAUUGAGAAUGUUAAUUUUCUUGUUACAUAUAUUAUUACAAUAUAUAUUUACUCACCAGUCGCCCCGUGGAGCUGCUGCUCUUUUUCAUUCAUUAAAAUGCGAUUGAAAGUAUAA